AUGAACGACAGCUCUGGACCCACAGCUAAGCGCAGGAAGCUGCAACCUCUCGUUGCGCAAAACCAGCGCAAGGAAGAUGCUGCUGCCCAUCAAGGCCGGGUCAGGACAGUGCCUCAUGUCGACGGCAUCUUCCCCUCACAACAGUGUCAAGCCGCGCAUCCCGAUGUCCGAGCAACAGAUGGUCCUUCCUUGCGACUGAGCCUCUCAAAGACACUCUAUCUGCGCGCACACGAGACCGACAAAGUGAGAGAUGCCGUGCGUUCUAUAGCGGCAAAGAUCAGCAGCUUCGAGAUCUCCUUUGACAAGCUCAUCAGAUUGACGAAUGAGGACAAGACGCGCUCCUUUCUGGCCCGUCGCGUUGCUGCGGGCGCAGAGAAUCUGACCGCCAUCCUUGCAGAGCUGCAUGUCGUCCUCCGGAAGCUUCGCCUGCCGCUCUUCUACGAUCCGCCCAUUUUCCACGCUUCUUUUGCAUGGAGAGUGCUUCUCAAUGCCGAGCAAGUGGGCAAUGCCUUUAGCGAUACUGAGCUCGAUGAAGCGAACGCGGAGCAUGGCUCAGCGUUGCGCAAAGACAUUCACAGCGUGACAGAGCUUUGCUUCAAGUGUCGUAACGAUGUGCAAUCCUUCAAUGUGCGGUGA